AGUCGCCCAGCCCGCCGCUGUACUCCAUCUCCCGGCGGGCCGAGCGCUCGAGGCGGCGGCGCGGCACUUUGUGGAGGCCGCGGCCCCGCGUGGAGGAAGUUCCGGUCUCCGCGGCGCUGGGUCGGCGGCAGAGGCAGAGAGGAUCGGGAGGAGCGGGCCGCGAAGGCCGCGCUGCCUCGGUUUGCUUGUGAAGGUCAGAGUUGCUGGAUCCCAGGGAAGGAGUCGAGUAGGCUCCGAGUGCACGCGCCCGGUCACCUGGUUGGUUUUCUGAACUCUGGAGUGCGCCCUAGGUACUGUGAUAAAUACUUGGUUAGCCAAAAAAGAUUUUCUUACUGGGGCCCUCCUGACAAGGAAAGAGAUGUGGGGGGAUUCUCGACCUGCUAACAGAACAGGACCUUUUCGUGGGAGCCAAGAAGAAAGGUUUGCUCCCGGGUGGAACAGGGAUUAUCCUCCUCCUCCCCUUAAGAGUCAUGCUCAAGAGAGACACUCUGGCAACUUUCCUGGCAGAGAUUCACUCCCCUUUGAUUUCCAGGGGCAUUCGGGGCCUCCCUUUGCGAAUGUAGAGGAGCAUUCUUUCAGCUAUGGAGCUAGAGACGGCCCGCGCGGCGACUAUCGAGCAGGGGAGGGGCUUGGACAUGACUUCAGGGGGGGAGAAUUUUCAUCUUCUGAUUUCCAGAAUAGAGAGCCGCCACACUUGGACUUUAGAGGUAGGAAUUUCCGGGAUAGAGAAGGGCCGCCUGUGGACUACAGGGGUGGAGGCGGUGCUCCUAUGGAUUAUAGAGGCAGGGAGACAGCACACAUGAACUACAGAGACGCCAUGGACUUCAGAGGUAGGGAUGUCCCACCAGCUGACUUCAGGGGUCGGGGCACUUAUGAUUUAGAUUUUAGAGGCCGGGGUGGAUCCCAUGCAGAUUUUAGGGGGAGGGAUUUAUCAGAUUUGGAUUUCAGGUCCAGAGAUCAGUCCCGUUCUAAUUUUAGGCAUAGAGAUAUAUCUGACUUGGACUUCAGGGACCAAGACGGAACACAGGUGAACUUUAGAGGCCCAAGUUCAGGUACUAGUGAUCUGGACUUUAGGGACAGGGAUCUGCCACAUUCAGAUUUCAGAGGGAGACAUCGAUCACGGACUGAUCAGGACUUUAGAGGCAGAGAGAUGGGCCCUUGCAUGGAAUUUAAAGAUAGGGAGAUGCCCUCUGUGGGUCCAAAUAUUCUGGAUUACAUUCAGCCCUCUACACAAGAGAGAGAACAUACUGCUGUGAAUGUGAGCAAGAGAGAAGAAGCCACACUUGACCACACAACAGAAAGGCCUGCAUUUGGCACUCAGAAAGGAGAAUUUGAGCACACAGAAACAAGGGAAGGAGAAGCACCAGGCGUAGCUUUUGAACACAAGUCUCCACCAGACUUUCAGAACAGCCAAAGUCCACUUCAAGAACAAGAUACGUCACAACUUUCUGCAAGUGAACAACCGACUUCAGAAGCUGAUCUGUUUAAAGAAGAAGGUGGCCUGGACUUCCUUGGCCAGCAAGACACUGACUAUAGAAGCAUGGAGUACCGAGAUGUGGACCACAGGCUGCCAGGAAGCCAGAUAUUUGGCUAUGGCCAGAGCAAGACUUUCCCAGAGGGCAGAACACCCCGAGAUGGCCAGCAGGACCUUCAGGAUCAAGAUUAUAGGACAGGUCCAAGCGAGGGGAAACCCAGCAAAGUUGUUCGAUUGUGUGGGGUGCCUGAAAAUACCACAAAAGAAGAGAUUCUUAAUGCCUUUCGGACUCCUGCUGGCAUGCCUGUAAAGGACUUGCAGUUGAAGGAGUGUAACACAGGUUGCGACUAUGGCUAUGUCUGCGUGGAGUUUUCACUCUUGGAAGAUGCCGUCGGAUGCAUGGAGGCCAACCAGGGAACACUAAUGAUCCACGACAAAGAGGUCACCAUUGAAUAUGUACCAAGCCUGGAUUUUUGGUUCUGCAAACGGUGUAAGACCAACACUGAUGUACAGCAGUCUUCAUGUUCACUCUGCAAGUGCCCGAGGGAAGUGACAGAAACCAAGCAAGAAUUAAUAACCUACCCUCAGCCUCAGAAAACAUCUGUACCAGCACCCUCAGACAAACAGCACAGCCAGCCUCCAAGAUCAGCUGAUAAAGGACCCGAACCCAAGAAGCGGGAGGAAGGGAAAGAGUCACGACUGGGACAUCAAAAGAGAGAAGCGGAAAGGUAUCUGCCUCCUCGAAGGGAGGGAUCCGCUUUCCGAAGAGACCGAGAGAAGGAACCGUGGUCUGGGGAGACACACCAAGGUGGAGAAAGCAAAACUAUCAUGUUAAAACGCAUCUAUCGAUCCACUCCACCCGAGGUGAUAGUGGAAGUGCUGGAGCCCUAUGUCCACCUAACUACUGCCAACGUUCGUAUCAUCAAGAACAGGACGGGCCCUAUGGGCCACACCUAUGGCUUUAUUGACCUCGACUCCCAUGCGGAAGCUCUUCGUGUAGUAAAGAUCUUGCAGAACCUUGACCCCCCGUUUAGCAUCGAUGGGAAGAUGGUAGCUGUGAACCUGGCCACUGGGAAGAGACGAAAUGAUUCUGGAGACCAUUCUGAUCACAUGAACUACUACCAGGGUAAGAAGCACUUCCGGGAUAGGAGGGCAAGUGGCAGAAAUUCAGACUGGUCUUCAGAUACAUAUCGACAAGGACAACAGUCAUCCUCUGACUGCUACAUCUAUGAUUCUGCUACUGGCUACUAUUAUGAUCCCUUAGCGGGAACUUACUAUGAUCCCAAUACCCAGCAAGAAGUUUACGUGCCCCAGGAUCCUGAGUCACCUGAGGAAGAAGAAGUUAAGGAAAAGAAACCCACCAGUCAAGUAGGAAAGUCUAGUAGCAAAAAAGAAACAUCUAAAAGAGAUGUCAAGGAGAAAAAAGACAGGGGGGUCACAAAGUUUCAGGAAGCUGCCAGUGAGGGGACGGCGCCCCCAGAGGAUGUCUUUAAGAAGCCCCUGCCUCCCACUGUGAAGAAGGAAGAAAGUCCUCCGCCACCCAAGGUAGUAAACCCACUGAUUGGCCUCCUGGGUGAAUAUGGAGGAGACAGUGACUAUGAGGAAGAGGAGGAGGAGGAGCAGAUUCCUCCUCCACAGCCCCGUACAACACAGCCUCAGCCACGAGAGGAGCUGACCAAGAAGGAGAAUGAAGAGGACAAACUCACUGAUUGGAAUAAACUGGCUUGUCUGCUUUGCAGAAGGCAGUUUCCCAAUAAAGAAGUCCUGACCAAGCACCAGCAGCUCUCAGACCUGCAUAAGCAAAACCUGGAAAUCCAUCGGAAGAUAAAGCAGUCUGAGCAGGAGCUAGCCUACCUGGAGAGGAGAGAACGGGAGGGAAGGUUUAAAGAAAGAGGAAAUGAUCGCAGGGACUCUCCAGAAAGGAAACGAAGUAAAUACUCCAGGGAAGCUGACAGUGAUCAUAAAGCUGUCGAUAAAGAAAGUAUGGACAAUAGCAACAAAGGAGGCGGUGUCCAGCAGGCCGCCGGCUGGAGGAAAGGGACAGGUCUUGGAUGUGGCCAUCCUGGAUUGGCUUCAGCAGAGGAGGCUGAAGGCCUUAUGAAGGGACCCAGUGUGGGAACUCCAGGAAGAACCAGCAAGAGACAGUCCAAUGAGACAUACCGGGAUGCAGUCCGAAGAGUUAUGUUUGCUCGGUAUAAAGAACUUGAUUAGAGGGUGGAGAGCUGUCCUGUAGGUUACGACCUCCUCCUUUCAUUUGUCUCUCUUUUGUUUUGUUACUGUUCUUGCUGCUAGAACUUUUUUAAAUAAACUUUUUUUCAAUGUGA